AUGCACACGUCCUGCUGCUUUUUUUGUCGCAUCAACACCUCCACUUGUCACAUCGGGGAGUAUCGUGUCGGAUUGCCAAAAAGAUCGGCCCGAUCGGAUCAAACACUCGACGACAUCUCCAUUCUUCGUCACCUUCUCGCUCGAAUGGGCUGCUCUGUAGCUGCCGUUGCUCGAAGAUUCCGGCUGUUGACUCGGUGGAACUCCGAAAGCUGUAUAAAGGCUCCAACGCCCCAAGUUCAACACGAACAGUGA